CUCUGUCUUUGAAGUCCCCGGAGCCUAGAGUUAUUGUUACGGGCACUUAGAAAUAGCUCCAUUUUUCCCGCCAACUGAGGAAUCUUGUUCUAUCCAGCGUCCUACAAACAUGGCCUUCUCUGCACUGCUCAGAGCUUUCUUGAUUCUCAUCCCUCUCCUCCACCACGCUAAAUCGUCGUCAGCUCAUCAUCAGGACAGUACCGUCGGCGGCGGAGGCGCACCGGCUCCUUCUCUCUUCUCCUCUCCGCCUUUGGUUCCGGCGCUGUUCGUCAUCGGCGACUCCUCCGUCGAUUGCGGGACCAACAAUUUCCUCGGCACCUUUGCUCGGGCAGAUAGGCCUCCUUACGGGCGAGAUUUCGACACCCACCAGCCCACUGGCCGUUUCAGCAACGGAAGAAUCCCUGUCGAUUAUCUGGCAUUGCGUCUGGGGUUGCCAUUUGUUCCGAGUUAUCUUAGCGUGAGCGGUUCUGUGGAAGCCAUGAUUCAGGGUGUGAAUUACGCUUCUGCCGGAGCUGGGAUCAUUUUCUCCAGUGGAUCUGAACUGGGUCAGCAUAUCUCACUCACACAGCAGAUUCAGCAGGUGACUGAUACCUUUCAGAAGUUGUCACUGAGCAUGGGUGAAGAAGCUGCAGCUGAUCUCAUCUCAGAAUCUGUGUUCUACAUUUCCAUGGGCACCAAUGACUACAUACACUACUAUCUCCGCAAUGUCUCCAACGUUCAAUCUCUCUACCUUCCAUGGAGAUUCAACCGGUUCUUGGCAAAGGCCAUGAAGCGGGAGAUUAAGGUAAUAUAAUCCAGGGUUUUUUUUUGAAGGAG